AUGUCUGGGAUGAAUUACCCAAAGGACUUCUUCUACGUCAAUAAAAUCCUGCAGAGGGUGACAGGAUUCUGGCUCCCUGGAAAGGAAAUUCACUUGAUAUUAAGAGUCCUGUUCUACUUGUACAUUACUCUUGCUUACUCAGUGUCUAUCUUUUUCUUUAUUUGUGAAAUAAUCAUUGUCAGUGAAACCGUCAAAGAUCUUAACAAGUUUGUACGGCAGUUUGGAAUGUUGUUCACCCACGUGGUGGGUAUCCUGAAGUUUUACAUCCUGGUGUUCCGUCGUAAGAGCUUACAGAAGAUCAUGGAUAUGUUGCAGGAUAAGGACUAUGUCUAUGAACCACAAGGCACCUUUCAGCCUGGCUUGAUGUUGUCGAAAGCGAAAAGGCUCACUUCGUUCGUGUCAGUAAUGGUUUUCAUCUUGUACAACUUCGUUGGUAUGUCCGCUCAAAUUUCAUCUACAAUUACUCUCAACGAAGUGGUCAAAGAUGACCAUUUGCCGGGAAACUUAACCUGCUAUGACUUUUUACCUUACUAUUUCUAUAUUCCUUUUAACGCAGUGACAAAAUUCCAAUGCCAUGUUGCUUUUACUUUCAUGAACGUCAGUCUCGACGUGUUUGCUUGGAUAAUUGGAACCCAUGAUGGUUUUUUCGUAACAUUGAUGAAUUGUCUGAAAACUCAAUUGGAGAUAGUCCAGUGUGCUUUUCGAACUAUAAGAGAAAGGUGCGAGAAGAGACUGGACCUUCCAGAGAACUACAAGAUUUUUGUUGAUGAAAGCAAUCCCACAUUGGAGAAGACUCUUUACGAUGAACUGACCCAUUGCACCAAACACUUAAACAUACUCCUGCAGGUUCGUGACGAUAUAGAGAAUGUAUUUACGUACGUAACUUUGGCACAAACACUGGCAUCUUUGAUAAUUUUUGCAUCAUGUUUAUACGUGGCAUCCACAGUUUCUAUGACGUCUCCUGAGUUUUUUGCGCAAGUGGAAUAUUUCCUUUGCGUUCUGGUACAAUUGUCCGUGAUAUGCUUUUUUGGUAACGAAAUAACCACUGCUAGCGCCCAGACAGGAGUGUCUUUGUAUGAAUGCGAUUGGUUUAGUUCAAGCUUAAGAUUUAAACGUUCGAUGAUUCUUACCAUGUCUCGAAUUCAACGCCCUGUGUAUGUCUCGAUUGGCAAGUUCUCUCCACUAACUUUGGCCACGUUAGUAGCUGUCUGCAGAGGAUCAUUUUCAUAUUUUACACUUUUCAAAAGUGUCCAGUAGAGGUCUGCUAAUGUUUUAAUGCUAAUAGAACCAAACAAGGACAAUAGUAUUGAUGGUAGAUUUAGGUGGUAAACACUUAUAAAACCAUAACUGACAUUUGUGUAGUUACAAAAUAUUUCAAAUAAAGCAUAAUCAGCGUGAA